AUAUGUUUGACCGGAGUCCGUUUCGCACCGGUGGGUCACUGGGUUCCCGAGUAUCCAGUUUCAUGGAGCGCCACCACCGACGAGUACAGAUGAGUCGCAACAAGUUGUACCUUUACCGGCUCAGUCGAGCCACCAGUUUGGUGCACCAGCGACCGCCCCUGAUGAACACCAAGGCCCAGUCGGGAUUCGAUGUUCUGCACGAGGAUGCCCGUAUCUUUCUGGAGCGUACCAACGCGAAUGUGCGCCUGCUACUGAAUCUGUCGAAGAUCAAGCGAACCAGAGGCACCAUUGACAUUGACGAGGGUUCACCGCUCGUUCCCAAAUCGGCUCUACCACAAAUGCGGCAUAGACUGGAUCUGGUGGAGCGUCACAACCUUUUGUUGGGUCGCCGCCUGUUGAGGAUCCAUGAGCGUGGAGCCGCCCAGCGGAAGCGGUCCAGCCGGCAAUCGCCAACGAGCAGCAUAAGGUGUCCCAGUGUGAUGACCAAUCGGUCCACUCUGGGUGAGAGUGAGGUGUUCGACAAGUACAUUGGCUGGGAUCUGGACAUGCCCGUGGGAAACUUCGAACUGAUGCGACUGCUUCGGCCCAGGAUUGUUUUACACUUCGGUCUGAUGGACGGCCGGCCGUUGGGCCAAGUGGUGGUACAGCUAUAUACGGAGGCGGCGCCGCUGGUGGUGCUGCAGUUCGUCCGCACUUGCCUGGCCCAGCGGUCGCAUGAGUUCGCCGUGCGCCGGAUCUUUCCACGUCUGUGGUUGGAGGGCUAUCUCCUGAGCAGCUGCAAAAACAGCGGAGGCGAAGCGUCCUCAUUAAGCUAUCGCGAUCCCAUGGAGUUCGAUACGCGCGUGGUGAGUCACGCUCGCUACGGUUGCGUCUUGUCCUGCGCCAAGGAGUUCUGUGUCCACGGCUUCCCCGGCGGAGCCAUCAACUUUACCAUCAGCUUCAAGCCCCUGCCGGUGGCCAUGGGUCAGCGCGUGGGCUUCGGUCGGGUGAUACGCGGCGACAAGGUCAUCGUGGCCAUGGAAGCUCAUGGCACCAAGAAUGGAAAAAUUAGCCGUCCACUGCUCAUCACCCACUGCGAAAUGCUAUAGGACAUGAUGGAGCUUCUGGAGGUACUUCUGGUUUUAUAAUGCAGAGAAUCGUAAUCGUGAAGGAAUGAUUCUAUGCGUACUGAAAUCGGGAGUCCUGCAGAUUCAUUUGAAACUCCCUCCCAUUGAAAUUCAACUUGGUCUCUGUCCAACUGUUGGUUAAAGUACGAGUACAAUUUAUUUGAUUUCUGGAUGGAUAACUACCGACGAUUCGGGCAAUCCCCAUAAACGAACAUUGUAUUAAUAUGUGCUUCUUGUAUCGUGCAUUCAAGCAUAUGGAUAGUUAUACAUUAUAGUCCUCCGUAUGAGACUAGCUAGACUAGCGUUGAAGUUGCAUACAAAUAUAUAUACGAGUAAGUGGUUCACGGAUAGACGAGUAAGAGAAGAAGCUGCUCAAAUCCUUCAGCUCCAUGACAAUACGAUCCCAAACAACAGCAACAUUUAACUGGCUAAGUUUAACAGUGAUUACAUUUGGAUAGAAUAGAUAGUAACCGAACUACGAAUUGAUUAAAUGCUGGUUAAUGCGGAUAAGAUGCAGAUAUAUAAACCGUAUAACUAGACUGUUUUGAUA